AGAUUUUUUUAUUUAUUUAUUUUUUUGUAGCAAUUAUAAACCCUAUUAUCAUCACUUGAAUUAGAACAAACUAUAGAAUCGUGAACAACACUGAUCCUUCCAUCUACUUCACAAUACAAGCGUUACAACAAAAACCCUUUGAUUGAUUAUUGCAUCGGUUUCAAACUAAAGGUGUUAUAAUAAUAAUACAUAUAUAUAUACGAAUAACAAAAACUAUAGUACAUAGAAACAAUGGCGGGAAUAGCUAUACUUGUAGAUCUAUGGAGGAAAAAUCAUAACUCUGCAUCACAUGCUUUUCAAUGUUCUCCAUCCUUUUCAGCUUCCUCUGCUGUUGCUGCAGCUGCUUCUUUUGCUGCAGGCUCCACUUUUGCUUCAAGGGCUUUCUUUGGGUCACCAGUUGCAUAUUCUGAUGCUGGCGCAGCAUUAUCUGAAGAUUUUAUUUCUAAUAUACAAAGUGCUUCUCAAAGGAUUUACAAUUUUGAUGCUGAAAAAGUUAGUACAAAAACGUACAAUGUCCAACCUAAACCUCUAUUGUCUGCUUUCGAAUGGAGGACACUUGCAAUGACUUCUGUAAGGUCAUUCUUAAUGCAUUAUUUGCCUCUUUUGGAGCCGCGUGCUGAUAUGGAAGACGUUGACGACUUUCUGGAGGACGAACCUCCAGAACACCAUGUUGAUCUUGUUGUUCCCUUCAAUAAGUCAGUGAAGCAAAUCGCACGCGAGACAAGUGUUGUGACCACCAGAAGGAUUUUGGAAAGAAUUGCUGUCCAUUAUGUUUCACAGCGAAUGGCAUGCAAACUUCUUAAAGAUGUUCCUCGAUCAGCUACUCGCAAGGCCUUAAGGAAAUUGCCUGUUCAUGUUUACUUCUUCUCUGUGAGCAGAACAACAUUCAGAGGACACAUGCUAGGAGUUGCAGCAUCAUGGGUUGUCCAAGUAAGCAUUGAAGUGUAUCGAUUCUUUAGAUCCGUUUUCAAGUCCAAUGAUAAAGAUAAGGAAGUUGAUACACCCGAGCAAGUUCGACUUCUUGGACAGAAGAUUGCACUUACAUCAAUAAGGUGCAGUUCAUCUUUAGUUUUUGCCUCCAUAGGCGCAGGGAUCGGUGCUACCCUUAUUCGUCCGUCACUUGGCCAAUGGAUUGGAUGUGCUGCUGGUGAUUUGGCUGGUCCAAUCAUUGUAGCAUUUUGCGUCGACAAAGCAUUUCAAGUGACACUUUAGUAGCAGAUAUUUUUCUGACUAAUUCUUUACAAACCUCAAAAUGAAUGGUGUAUCUUCAAAGUUUUGCUGUUUUUAUGUCAUAUGUUUAAGAGCUACUAAUUAAAAUUUGCUUUACCUCUUUUGAGCUGAAAAAAUUGUAACAUUCUUCUCUUAUGAUGUUAGUUACUUUGUUACUGUUUCAAUAAAUACUCCUAAUGAUUUAGUGUCUAAGCUGUUAUUGUGUUGAUUUUCAUAA